UCCGGGGACUCGUCCUCCAUUCAGCCCACUCGAGGGCUGCACAACUGCUUCCAGCCGGACACUCGGAGCUCGCGGCCGCACGGGCCUGGCCCAGGUCUGCGGCGGGGGACCUGCCGGGCCACGUUGGCGGCCCGGGGCCCGCACCCUCGGUCAGCUCUGUACCCUUCCCUGCAGCUGCCAGCCACCAGCAGAAACCGCCCUCUUCAUGGAAAGCCCAGUGCAGUGGCCCCCUGGUGAUGGCAUCCGACAGUGACGUAAAGAUGCUGCUGAACUUUGUGAACCUGGCGUCCAGUGACAUCAAGGCGGCCCUGGACAAGUCCGCGCCCUGCCGCCGCUCUGUGGACCACCGCAAGUACCUGCAGAAGCAGCUCAAACGCUUCUCCCAGAAGUAUUCCCGGCUCCCGCGGGGCCUCCCUGGCAGAGGGGCUGAGCCCCACCUGAAAAGGGGGCCUGAGGACCGGCCUGGGAGGCUGCCCCUCAAUUCUGGCCAUGACUCCAGCCCCAGUGUGGGUGGGGGCUGCAAGAAGUCUCUGGGGAACCCCUAUAGGGAGGAAUGUCUCUCCAAGGAGCAAGCCCUACAGGGGCAGAAUCCAGAAGCUGCCAGGCCUGGCCAGGUGCCCAUGAGGAAGAGACAGCUGCCUGCUUCCUUCUGGGAAGAGCCUCAGCCCACCCACAGCUACCCUGUGGGGCUGGAGGCGGUACUGGGCCCCAGGGAGGGACCUCCGUAUGAGGGUAAGAAACACUGCAAGGGCUUGGAGCCCUUGGGGCCUGAGAUGGCCACGGCGCACACGUCCCCAAGGGUACCGGCUGAAAAGGAGUCCCUCAAGAUGCCUGGGGUCUCCCUGGUGGGUCGUGUCAAUGCCUGGAGCUGCUGCCCCUUCCAGUACCAUGGACAGCCCAUCUACCCAGGCCCUCCAGGGGCCUUGCCUCAGAGCCUGGUCCCCAGCCUGGGCUUAUGGAGGAAAAGCCCAGCUUCCCCUGGGGAGCUGGCCCACUUCUGCAAGGAUGUGGAUGGCCUGGGGCAGAAAGUGUACAGACCUGUGGUUCUGAAGCCGAUCCCCACUAAGCCGGCCAUGCCCCCACCCAUCUUCAACAUCUUUGGCUACCUCUAGCUGGGCUGGGAGGGCCUUGGCAGGAGUGUCGGGGGUCCUGGGGGCUCUCCUUGCGAGGAGUAGGCUGGGCAGUGGUGGUCUCUGGGGAACCUUCCCUUUGUGUGCGUGGGGAGAGGGCAGGACUGGGGGCAGGGCCUUC